AUUGUAAUCCGUCACUCCAGAGAAGUUCAUAAAUUGAUAACGAAUUUAUUUUUGUCGCUUUAGAGAGAAACUUUCUAACCGUCCAUCGCAAAAGAACGAGUUUUCAUACACUUGCGGAUCCGAAUGUGUUUACCUUUCUAGAGUAACGUUACAUCAUCAUUGUAAUACCCUAUGAAAUGAUCGCCAUAAAAUUUAUGUUAUGCACUAAAUUGAAGCAUUUUAAAUUCUUUGAAUAAUUGUUAUUGUAUUUAACUGCCCAAAUUGCAUACAAGAAAGAUGAACUUGAAGAUGAUAGAUGCAGUGAAAAGAAUCUACUUUUUCAACAAAGCAGAACUUUAUACUGAUUCUCUGUACUUCAUGAUAUAAUUUGUGAUCUCAUAUUUUAAGAAAAAAUCAGUACAGAACUUUCAGAAUGGAGAUAGAUACCAAAACGAAUGAAACACAUUUUGCUAGUGAUUUGUGUGUGAACACAAAUGAUACAAAGGCAAAAAGUGAAAUAAAUGUGAAUAACAAACCUUUAACUUGUAAUAUUUGUAGUAUGAAAUUUUCACAGGAAUCUCUUUUAAGUGAACAUCUUCUUACACAUACAAAGGAAAAGCCUCAUAUUUGUAAUGUAUGCAAUAAACAAUUUUCUCUGAAAAAAUAUUUAAAUAAUCAUUAUAGGACUUUUCAUACAAAUGAAAAGCGUUUUUCUUGUGAUGUGUGCAAUAAACAAUUUUCUGUGAAAAGUUAUUUUGAUCGGCAUUAUCGAACUCAUACAAAUGAAAAGCCUUAUUCUUGUUAUGUAUGCAAUAAAAGAUUUUCACAGAGUGGUAACUUAAAUCAGCAUUUCCGUUCUCAUACAAAUGAAAAUGCGUGUUCUUGUGAUGUGUGUGGUAAAGUAUUUUCUCGAAAAUCAACUUUAAAUGAUCAUUUUCGUUCUUCUCAUACAAAUGAAAAGCCUUACUCUUGUGAUGUAUGUGGUAAAGAAUUUUCUCUGAAAUGUAAUUUAUAUCAGCAUUAUAUAUGUCAUACAAAUGAAAAACCUUUUUCUUGUGAUGUAUGCAAUAAAGGAUUUUGUCGCAAAUUUGAUUUAAAUAAACAUUAUCGUUCUCAUACAAAUGAAAAGCCUUAUUCUUGUGAUGUGUGCAAUAAAGAAUUUUCUCGAAAAGAUAGUUUAAAUUAUCAUUACCGAACUCAUUCAGAUAUAAAGCCAUAUUCUUGUGAUAUAUGUGGUAAAGAAUUUUCUCAUAAAGGUAAUUUAAAUAUACAUCAUCGAACUCAUACAAAUCCAAAACCUUAUUCUUGUGAUAUAUGUAAUAAAGAAUUUUCUAGGAAAAAUAAUUUAAAUGAACAUUAUCAAAUUCAUACAGAUGAAAAAAUUGAAACUAGUAUUAUAACCUAAAAAUGUCUUUUAAAAAAGUUAUUUGUAUGAAUAUACAAAUGAAAAUAAUGCAAAAUUUCACUAUUCUGAUGUAUAUAUUACAGAUAGUCUCCAAAAGUUUAUUUAUUGUAUAUUUUUAAAAUUGUAUAUUAAAAUUUGUAUAUAUAUUUAUUGUAUAUUUUUUUCCAUCAUAUAAUGGAAAAAGAAAGGAAUUUACAUUGCAAAAAUAUGGAUUUCUUGAAAUGGUAUUUAAAUGUCUUAUUAAAGUCAGACAAAGGAAUAUAUUUAUUAAGGCAUUUUCUAAGCUUAAUAUUAACAAUUGACUUUAUCAUAUGUAUCAAAUAGAAAAAUGUUAUUUACGUGAUGUAUGCCAUCAGAAAUUUUCAUAUGCACUAUUCAUUGAAGAAUGAAAGAGGCUUCUAAUAUGUGUAAUAAAGUUUAGAAAAAGCUUUUAUUCGAAACUUGAUUUUAAAAAAUAACUUUCUUUUUGUAAUUUUUCAUUUCUUACUUUUUAUUGUUCAAAAUUCAAAACUAUUCAUCAAUUGUAGUGGGAAACAAUAUGUCAUUUUAAUGGAUCAUAGCUUACCAAAUUGUGAUGAAUUUUAUUUUUAAAGUAUUUAUUUGUUAUAUUUUUAAGAACUUUUUAUUUAUAAAGAUUAUUUGCAUUUUUUAUGAUUAAAUUAGCAGAAGUAAAUAAUAAGGCUUGUCUUAUGGAUACAAUGUUAUGGAAUGGAAAUAAUGUUAUACAAAUAUUGCUGGAGACACUCAGUUCAUAUGUACAAUCUUCGGUUUUAGGUUGUUGGCAUCAUAAAUGAUGUAUUAUAAUAUAAAGGCCUUAUUUUAACUAUUAAGAAUUUCAUUUUUUUUCAUAUUUAUUUUUGAAUGAAUGAAGUGAUGAUCCAUUUUGAUAAAUAAAAGAUCCAAUAAAACCACGUCCAAUAAAAUCUAUGUGAGAAGAUCCUUUGGAAUUUAUAUGACAUUUAGUGCUCUCGUAAAAAUCAUUUGAUAUGCAGCAUCUAGAAAGCAUGUUGUGAUGGAGAAGCCGUGUGUCACACCAUGGCUGAUAGAGGUGCCAACUAAUGAAUAUUGUUAGGAAGUAUAGAGUGCAGUAAAAUACUCAACACUAAGAAACAAGAAGACGAAAAUAAGUUUAAUAUAUUCAAAUUAGCAAAACUAUUAUUUACAUGUCCUGUUUCAUUGAAUAUUUUUGUAGAAUGCAGUUCAUCGAAUUUCAUCAAAAAAAUGUUUUUGCACAAAUUUUUCUCAUGGUGGCAUUACAUAUUAUCUGGAAAUGUAUAAAUGGCAUCAGUAAUUUGUAUUUUAAUAAAUGAAAUUAAAUUUUCA